GGGGGGUGGGGGCUGGUUAGGGACUCGGGAAAAAGUCCGCGGAGGCGUGUGUCGCUCACCCUAGGGUCUGUCCCCGGCGGCCCUGCGGCCCGCGGCGGGGCGGGAAAUGUCCGGCCCUCCCCGCCCGGCGCCCGGCGCCCUUUACCCCGCACUCAGGUAGCCCACAGUGGGGUCGGUGCCCCUGGCGGGCGCGGCUCAGGAAAGACUAUGGCCCCGGCAGCGUCGAAACUGCGGACCGAAGCCGGGCUCGGGGCGCUCCCGCGGCGGGCGCUCGCCCAGUACCUGCGCCUUCUGCGGCUCUACCCGGUGCUCACCAAGGCGGCCACCAGUGGCAUUUUGUCAGCACUUGGGAACUUCCUGGCCCAGAUGAUUGAGAAGAAGCAGAAAAAAGAAAGCUGUUCUCAAAAGCUAGAUGUCAAUGGGCCUCUCAGAUAUGCCAUUUAUGGGUUCUUCUUCACAGGGCCGCUGAGUCACUUCUUCUAUCUCUUCCUGGAGCACUGGAUCCCUCCUGAGGCCCCCUGGGCCAGCGUCCAGAGGCUCCUCCUGGACCGGCUCCUCUUCGCACCCGCCUUCCUGUUGUUGUUCUUCCUCAUCAUGAACUUCCUGGAGGGGAAAGACUUUGCCGCCUUCGUUGCCAAGAUGAAGAGAGGAUUCUGGCCGGCGCUGCAGAUGAACUGGCGAGUCUGGACCCCAGUGCAGUUUAUCAAUGUCAACUACGUCCCUUUGCAGUUCCGGGUGCUUUUUGCCAACGUGGUGGCUCUGUUCUGGUAUGCCUACCUGGCCUCUCUGGGGAAGUGAAGAUGUCCUGGAAAGAGUGUCAGACACACAGAAGAAGUGGGCGGGGGACGCUCACCUGCUUGGAGUGAGAGAGCAGGCUAGAUCAUGUAUUUAAGAUGCCCUCAAAUGAUGGAUGGAGAAAUAGCUGAAUAUCUUAAUAUCAGAAUCUUGGGUUUUAAAAAGGCAGUAGCUGUCCUUAGGUGGUUUUGACCUCAAAACUUAAAACAGAGACCAUUUCACCUGUCACCUUGGAUUAAAUUAGGAUCACAAUAAACUCUAACGUAGCUUUUUCAGUAGUGAUUUUCAUUUCUCAGAAUAAUUGCUGUUGCUUUGGAAGAAAUGAGUGAUCAGAGGGCUGCCCUCAGAUUUUUUAAAAUGUUUGAAGUAUUGUGGUAAAAUAUUUCACUGUAUUCCUGCUUAGCCCCCUGGCACCAUGACUUUCUAGACCCCUCUAGACCUUCCUCUGAGCUUCUGAGAGGCCCUUCCUCUGACCACUCUUCAGCUGACUCUGCCCUCCUAUUGCUCAUUUACAUUAACCCUCCCUCCUGGAUUUUUCACUCUCAGAACAUUCCUUCCUGAUAGUGUUCCCUCCUUAUUUCAUGGAUCCAAUAGCCCUUUGGAUCUUAAUUAUACUUUUUGAAAUUUU